CAUAUUUCAGGCUGAGAGAAACCCAGGGAAAGCAGAUAGCUUCUCCUUCACUGUGGAUAAUUCUCUUAGAAAUCUAACAAUGUACAUCACAGGCAGCUCUCCCACAUUCACCAUCACAAGCCCGACAGGUGCGACACAGAGUAACACUGCCUCCACUGGAGCUGUGGGGACCAUCCAGUCAGUGGGAAACUUCUGGACCGUCCGCCUGAACUCCACAGGCCAGGGAGGACUAUGGGGCAUCAGCAUGGCGUCCACACAGCCCUACUCCAUCAAAGUCACUGGUCAGAGUGGCAUUGACUUCCUCUUUGACUUUGUGGAGAUAUCCCUCGGUGAUCACCCGACAUUUGACCUGUUACCAGGACGUCCUUCAGCCAAUGAGAAUGCCACACUCUUCCUGACAGUGACAGGAGGCGACAGUGUCAGUGUCUCUGAGGUGUUGCUGGUUCCCACAUCGGGAGCAGAGGCGGUGAACACAACAGUGGAGGACAGAGAAGGAGGGGACUACCUGGUGACCGUGGAUAGGCUGCCGGAGGGCGAGUUCAACAUUCGGAUCAGGGGGGAGACAAAUGCAGCCUCCAGGGCGUCGCCGGAUGUGUUUGAGAGACAGUCUUCCACCCAGCUCAGGACAUCUAGCUUGACAGUGACAGUGGCUGCAUUGAAUGAGACUUGGGAGCCUGGCACGAACCUCACCAUCCCUUUCACCGUGUCCACUGAUGCCACCGGUGACAUCACCAUCCGAGUGACCAACGAUCGUGAGUUCACUUCUGAGUCCCCCGCCUCUCUGACCCCGGGGACAGGAGGACAGGCUGAAGGCACGGUGACUCUGACCGCUCCGCCCAGCACCACCUCAGGCACUGACGUCACGCUCACCAUCGAGGCGGUAACUGCUGGGGCCACAGAUUCCAACUACGCUGUGCUCCGCCUUUCAGUUGUUGCUGAGGUAACUGAUCUAUCCGCUCCCACAUGUGACAUAGUUGAUGUGAAUGCAAACUGCUCUGGCAACUGCAGCCUGUCGUGGGAGUUACUGGCCAAUCUGACGGACGGCGACGGCACGGGCAUUGAGCGCAUCACAGUCCGACAGGGCAGUGGCAGCCUCAACACAAGGGUGGUGACGGGUUCGGACGGAGUGGCCGUGACUCUGGCCACCUACACGGCGUCCUGCUGCUCUGAGGAGGUGGAGCUGGUGGCUGUAGAUGCUGUGGGGAAUGUGGGGACCUGCUUCAGGUCCAUAAGAACCCCAAAUGUCACUGCAGAUGAGUCCCCAACUUCUGCUGCCCCUACCACUGCAACUGACACACCCCCCACUACCACAAUGCAAACUGAACCUGUGGCUGAGACAACUUGCGAUGACAUCGAUGACAGCAUCUUCUCGGGGCAGUCGAGAGGUCUGGACUUGGGUCUUCCACUCUGGCUCAGCCUGAUUUCCUUCUGGCUUGUUGGGCCUCUGCAGCCCUGAGUCUGACUCAUCAUCACCUGAUCCUCAGUUAUCAUGUGCAUGUUGCCUCAUGUGACCCGCAUCUCAGUACCGGUAAACUUGUUUGUAGAAGUAUUUGUUAUCCUUAAAGGGACACUGUGGAAGAAAUGGUCAAAAAAGGUAGGCCUACUGCAACUAUGCUGCUUAUUGAAAUUGGGCUGCCUAUUGCCGAAUUUGAUAUUUACAUGAAAGUUUACUAAGUAUUAAACAAAUAUUUUCUAGUAUGGUCCAAGUACAGUCCUUUUUGCAGCUAAAAAUGGCUAUUUUUGGAAAUUCAAAAUGGCGGACCAUGGAGAAGAUCCCCCUUUUCAUGUAUGAAAAGUGCAAUUUUUCCAGUCAUAAUGAAUACUUAAAAUUUGAUGCUGGUGGUAAGUAUUCAUGAAAAAGGUAACAUUAGUGAAUGGGCAGCAUGAAUUCUGGAAAUAAACAACUAAAAAUCUCACACAGCGUCCCUUUAAGUUCCUUUCGUACUUUACUAAAAGCACAUGUGGAAACUGUUAUUUUAUGUCUCGUUUAGAAAAAAAAAUCUUCCUGCACAAUUUUAUUUACCUCCAAAGUGUGUCCCAAGUCUAGAAACUUCUUGAUGGUAAGAUGUUAUUAAUUAUACAACACUGAGAUGUGUCAACAAUACAUCAAUGAAGUGUAUUUAAAAUUAAAAAUAAAU